AUGAGCUCAACACCACUGUCACAAACGGCGCUGGUCAUCAUCGAUCUCCAGCAAGGCUUCAACCACCCAACGCACUGGGGCACCACUCGCAGUAAUCCGUCGUUCGAAUCGAACAUCACGGCACUGCUUUCCGCCUUCCGCUCCUCCCAGCCCAACAACCCCAACAUCUUCCACGUCCGCCACCACUCCCUCCACCCAGACUCACCCUUAAACCCCUCUAAACCAGGCGUCGCAUUCAUGGAUUACGCUACACCGCUACCAGGUGAACCGGUCUACUCCAAAACAGUCAAUAGCAGCCUCAUUGGGACGACGCUCGCGGCGGACCUACGUGCAAGACAUAUAAAGACACUAUAUGUUUGUGGACUUGUGGUCAACCAUUGCGUGGGUACGACGGUGCGAAUGGCAGCUAAUUUGCAUGUUGUUGAUUUUGAUGGAGAGGAGGACGGUAAGAUUGUGCUUGUGAGUGAUGCUACGGCCGCGUGGAAUCGAGGUGUGUAUUCGGCGGAGACGGUGCAUGGCGUUCAUGUGGAGAGUUUGAAGAGUGAGUUUUGCGAGGUUGAGCUGACGGACGCCGUUGUUGCGACGCUGAAGGAGAUGGCGGACAAGUAA